ACCAAGACCAAAGCCACCCAGCAAAACAAAACAAGCCCACGUGCAGCUGUUCAUUGCAUCAGCUGUUCGGGCGUGUCAAAUAAUACACACUUGUCAGGGCGUCUCACUGUUUAGCGGCUGGAGUGAAGAAGCAGGGUGGUAUAGAUAAUAUAUGUCUUGAUAUUUGCAAAACUUGAGAGAGAUAAAAAAGAAGAAUUAGAGGAGAAACAAGAACGAGAGGACAGUCAGAAACCAUUGAUCCUUCGUCUAGUUCAGUGUGGAAGUCCAUACCAGAGUAUCACCAGGUCUCGUGUCAAGCAUAAAUACCAUGGCGGAGGAGUGGAGACAGAAGGCACUGGAGAAGAAGCAGAAGGGGGAGGCGUGGACCGAUGAGGAGCGAGCCGCCCUUGCCCGCAGCCUGGACGAGGAGCUGGACAAGAAACUGGAGGGAGGCAGCAGUGGUGGCGGCAGACCCAAGGACUGCUGGACCGAGGACAACUGGAAGGAGCAAAUGGCGGAGCACCCGUUGUUUUCCCCGUACCUGCAAGAGGAGGGAGCAGUGGAGGGGGAGGCUGCCAUCAACCCCCUGAGCGAGGGUCUGGCGCAGCUCAAGUUCGACCCAGACCACAACACACCCCUAGAAGUUGCAACAAGCUAUAAGGAGGAGGGCAAUCUGCAGUUCAAGUAUAAGAAGUAUAGGCUUGCUGUCGCCAAUUAUUCCGAGGGUCUGAAGCAGAAAUGCCCAGACCAAGACCUGAAUGCCCAGCUUCACAACAACAGGGCUGCAGCACACUGGCAUCUGGGCAAUUAUCGCUCCGUCAUCAAAGACUGUGAGAAGGCACUUGAGCUAAAGCCAGACUACACAAAAGCCAUCAAGAGAGCAGUUGACAGCACCUUGAAGUUAAAAUCAUGGGACGAGAUGUUUGCAUGGUGCGAGCGAGGCCUCCAGCAGGACCCGGCCAAUGCAGAACUGAAGACACUCAGACUCCAGGCGGUCAAAGAAAAGAAAUUAUUAGAGAGAGACAACCGCAAGAAGAUGCGAGAAGUCAAUAAAAAGAAGGACGAGGAAGAGAGCAUUCUGAAUGUUAUCAAGAACCGCGGAGUGAGGCUGGGCACAUCCCACAUCAAGGGUUCGGCCACACUCACGCUACAAGACUUGGAGGCCCACCACCCAGCUGCUCAGGGAGCGAGAGUCCACCUCAAUGAGCGCAGUGAGUUGGUGUGGCCGGUGAUACUGCUCUACCCAGAGUAUCAAGAGUCUGACUUCAUUAGAGAGUUUACUGAAAGUGACUGUUUUGGUGACCACUUGGAAGCAAUGUUUGGGGAAGGCGUGCCUCCUGCCCCAUGGGACACAGAGCAUAAAUACCAGCUCCAUGCCCUAAGGAUUUUCUUUGAGGAUAAGGAAAAGGAAAAGCUGUGCAGUGUUGAUCAUUCAAACACUUUAUCCCAAGUCCUCUCAGAUCCCAGGUACUGUGUGUUAGGGGGGACUCCGAGCUUUAUUGUGCUUGUGAGUGGCACAAAAUUUAUGAAGGAAUUUGUGAGUAAGUAUAAUUAAAGUGUAUCUGUGGA